GAGCCGCCGCCGCGCCGCGGGGGAUCACCUGACUCCACCAACUCCCUUUGCGCUGACUCCUCGGCGCCGGUAUCCAAUUCAGCAGGCUCAGUACUCCUCGUUGGGGGCCCUGCCCACGGUAUGCCUGGAUGGCUACCAGAGGAAAAGCCUGCUAUCUGCUCGCAACUCCAACAUGGUGCACAGCCCGGUGACAGUGAAGAUUGCACGGCCGGACAGCAACCUGGCCCGCUCUCCACUCUUGGAGCAGCUGGUUUCGCCAAUGGCCUUGUCGUGCAAUAGCCCCCUGGACCCAUGUGCAAAGGAGACUGUACUGAGUGCCCUCAAAGAGAGCAGGAAGAGGGCUGUGGAGGAGGAGGACCAGAGUUUCCCCAGUGGUCAGGAGAACAAAAGAAGACGCCAUGACAGCAGUGGCAGUGGGCAGUCUGCGUUUGAGCCUCUGGUAGCCAAUGGAGCCCCAGCUUCUCUGGUACCCAAGCCAGGCACUUUGAAGAGGGCCCUCGUUUCCCAGUGCCUAGAUGAUUGCUUGAGCAAGAGAUCACGCACUUCUUCCAUCAGCUCCAUGAACAACACAUAUGCUGGUGGGAUUCCCAGCUCCAUCCGCAAUGCCAUCGCUAGCUCCUACAGCUCCACCCGGGGACUCUCGAAGCUGUGGAAGAGAAGUGGCCUGAAUACUUCCCCUCUCUCCAGUCCGGCAUCUUCCCGCUCUCAGACUCCGGAGAGGCCUAGCAAGAAAGCCAGGGAGGAGGAUCCUCACUGGUCCAGCACUUCUACCCCUGUAAAAUCUGACAAGGAGCUGCAGACAGAGAAGGCUUUGGAGACUCCUGUGCGGAAGAAGCAGAGUUCCUUGACCUCGCCGUCCAUGUCGGGGAGCAGUGGGAAACGCAAGCGGAAGAUCCAGCUGCUUUCUUCUCGCCGAGGAGACCAGCUUAGCCUGCCCCCACCCCCUCAGCUGGGUUAUGCUGUCACAGCAGAGGACUUGGAUGCGGAAAAGAAGGCAGCACUGCAAUGGUUCAACAAAGUCUUGGAGGAUAAGACGGCAGUAGACGCCACCCCAAGCACUGCUGCAGAAACCACCCCUGCAUCCAGGCCUGUGUCAUUCACACUGACAUCUACUGGGCCUCCAUCUGUUUCCUCGGCCCCCCUGGUCGCCGGCGCUGGGUCACUCCUGGAGAGUCUGAAGAAGAUGCAGAGCAGGCAGAGUGCUCUUGUGCUUUCAGAUUCGACUGGGGCUGCAGUGACCUCUCAGCUGCCUCUGACAGUUCCCACGGUAUUGCCGGAUUCAGGUUCACUCCCUGCAACCGUGUCUGACUCCAAGCCUGCUCCGACACUAAACUUGCUGGCUCCCUUGGCCCCUCCCUCCUCCACUGCUCCGCCUGCCAGCAGUGUGAGCAACCUGGCGAUUCCAGCUUCCUCUGACCUGGGCCAGACCCCCACCAAGACGCCCUCCCCCCCUAAACCCAGCAUUCUCUUUGGGAUGCUGAGUACGCCGCCAGCCAGCCAGCCUGGACCAGCGGCAGCAUCCGCCGCGCCCGCAGCCGCCCCCAUGUUCAAACCCAUCUUUGGCACCCUGCCAAAAAGCGAGAGCGUGGCGCUCUCUGCAGCUGGCACCUCUCUGGCAGUCGCAGCAUCUACCAGCUCUGUGCCUCCCUCGACAGCGUCUUCCUCCGCCGCCCCCACCACAUUCAAGCCCAUCUUCGGGAACUUAGCAGCUGCUGCUGCACCUAUAGCAACAGCGUCUCCUUUCACAUUCAAGCAGACACCUCAGCCAGCCCCAGCUGCUGAUCUGACAGCAACUUCCACUACAGACACCACCUCUGUCUUCACCGGCCUCCCCAGUGCUGUCUUUACUACUGCAGCUACCGCCGCCAGCACGCUGAGUGCCACCACUGACGCCACCGCAAAGCCAGCCUUCAGCUUUGGACUUGGCGUGCCACUCGCCACCAGUGCAUCCAACAGCACGACGGUCACCGCGCCCAUCUCCACCAGAGCAAGCCAGCCGUUCCUGUUCGGAGCCUCUCCAAACCCCGCCCCCAGCACCGCAGCAAGCUUCACGCCUACCACUCCCAUCUUCCAGUUUGGAAAGCCUGCAGCCCCCACCGCCCCCACUACCAGCGUUCCCGCAGGCUCCACCUUCGGCCCAGCAUCCUUGAAUGCAGCACAGGCUGCUCCCAGCACCACUGCUGGCUUUAGUAUCUUUGGGGGCACAAAUCUGACCUCUUCUACCCCACCAACCACCAGUCAGUCAACGCUGUCGUUUGGUUCCUCCACUGCUGCAUUUGGUGGUUCCUUUGGAACAGGUGCGAAACCGCCCCCUCCGUAUCCUGGUCAGCCUGCGUUCGCCACUGGCACCCCGGAGAGUCAGCAGCCCACCAGCAAACCUGCCGCUGGCCCCGCAAGCUUUAGUACCCCCAAUUUCGGCUUCGGGGCCUCUGCGGCUCACCCCGCAGCACCGCCGGCGUUCGGGAACAGCUCCCAGCCAGUUUUCGGAGGGACUAAUACCCAAGUUUCCUUUGGCACCAACAGCUCCCAGCCAGCUUUUGGGGGCACUACAUCAGUGUUCUCCUUCGGAACAGCCACCACUUCAACCGCAUCAAGUUUUGGCUCCAACACCCAGCCUACAAAGAGCAGUACAGGUAGCAUGGUAUUUGGCGGAACCACCCCCUCUCCGUUCCCCUUCGGGGUGUCCAACCAGCAGAGCACUGGUGCCAGUGCCUUUGCCAUGGGAGCGUCUGCCCUGAGCGGGGGCACCCCCUCAGUGGCAUUCAAUUUUGGGGCUGGACAGAACGGAUCGGCAAGCACAGCAACCCCCUUUGGUUCUUCCUUGACACAGAACACGUUGGGUGGCCAAAACCAGAGUGCGCCAUUCGCCUUCGCUGUGCCUGGCACUCCUGACAGCAAGCCUGUGUUUGGAGGAGCUCCCACUCCCUCCUUUGGGCAGACCACGCCUGCUCCAGGAGCAGGGCCUGUCGGGAGCAACAGCCUUUCCUUCGGGACCCCCAGCACUCCUGGGUCGGGCUUCGGAGGAGCAAGGCCUCCAUUUGGACCAUCAACCCCUGCGUUUUCUAUCGGGGCAGGGUCCAAGACGGGGCCCCGUCAGCGGCUGCAGGCACGAAGGCAGCACCCCCGCAAAAAGUAGCCUCUUGGGUCUCCUGUUGGAUCUUCGUUCCGGCCCAGCUGUGAAGUGGCCGAGCCACCUGAGCCAAGGAUAUCGGAGUUCUGAGUGACCCUUCUGACAAGGAGCCCGGGCCCCUGGCUCAGGUGCUCGUUUCGGAAAUCGGUCGGAGACACUUCUGGGUGGCAGCGACACGACGCAGGACAGGAUAAACCAAACCCUUCGUACUUGAACAGUUCCACAGCCGAGACUGGAUAAACUCUGUACAUAUCAGCAGCGUUCCUUUCCUCCCUUAUUUCUCCAGGGCUCACAAUGUGUAAUUUCUCCAGGGCUUCAUCUAGCUGCUCCGGUGCUCUCCUGACCAUACUGACAGUUCAGCCUUGCCCAUCCACCGUGUACCGAGUGCGUGGAGUGGGAGCUGGCGGGGGGCAAGGGGAGGUGCCCAUCUGCACAUUCCCUGUCUGUGCCUGAAUGGAAACCCGCGUUCUGUCCCUUCGCUUGCUGUGUCCCUGCAUUCCCCCUUGUAGCUUUGCUGUAAGUGAGGCUCUUCCCUCCAGGCAGAUGCGUUCCCAGUCUGCCUCGUGGCUGCUGGUCCUGGAGGUGGGGGUGUCCCCGCUGGCUCCAGAGGCCUUUCCCUGCACGGUGAUCUCAUGACCUAGUAAAUGCACCUCUCCCCCUCCUCCUAAGGGACUCCAGCCUCUGGUUUGAACCGGCAGGUGCUGGCUUGCCAGCCAUCUGCCCUGGGCAAGUCUAGUAGAUGGGACUGGCCCAAGCCCCUGUGUGUUAGGGAGGAACUCUUGGUGCUCCAGGCAGACCAUCAUCCAGCUCCUGCAUCUGCGCCUAAUGCCCUGCUGUGAGCAAUCUGCCUCUGUGCUCCCACGCAGACCCUGCAACUCAGCGUCUUGCCUCUGCUCGGGAACCCAGCCCACUGCCGGGGUAACCUAGCCUCUGCGUCCGCAAGAGCGGGAGGGUGGUGCCUCUGGUGCACCAGACGUGCUCUGCCAGGCCCCGGAACGAGCAGAACCCCUGCCCAGAGGAGGUGGGACGCUGCCACUUACUGCCCUCUCCCAUCGUGACGCUCCUGUAGCUUUCCCUGCUCCUGUCUGUUGUGCGCUUCGUAUGUUCGCUCCUGUUUGUUCGCUCAUUGAAUCGAGCUUGGAGGAAGAAUUGAACCGUGUGAGUGGCGGCAUGUUGGUAAUGCCGGAUUUGCUGUGUAAAGAUUUUGCGGGGAGGCUGUCUCCUAGUGGGGGAUGCGCCCUGCCUAAUUGGGUGUUGAGAGUAGCAUCAUUGUGUGGCUACUAGUGCUGAGUGAACUCUGUAUCUUAAAUGUGAUGACUGAAAGGAUGGCAGCCUGGGGCGUGGGGGGGCACAGGGGGCUGGAAGGGUUCCCUAGGUCCCGGGCUGGCAGCCUCUUGGCUGUCCUGCCCUGCUCCAAGUCUAGCUCUUCUCUCCCCGUGUCAAACCCAGCUGGCUCGUUACCCAGCCAGGGGUCAGUAGCACACGUCCCUUCAGUGCCGGGCUUGCCUAGGGCUGCACGGGGCUGUUGGCCCUGCCUGAAGCCACUAAAGGGAAAGAAUCCCCAACUGACACGCUUAGGAUUCGGCUUCUUGCCCCCUGCUCCUCCCUUAGCCCGGCUCCAGGGGCUGGGUGCUCAUUUCCAGCCAGCGGGGGGGCGCUCACGGGGCUGCCCCAUAUCUUGGAGCUCAGAGGGGAGAGGGCCAGGGCUUCUAUUCCCUCUCCUGCCCGCAGCCUCUGGGGAGCUCUCACUGGGAGGACGCCUUGUGUGCCUCGGGGAGAGGGGCUGACACCCCAAGGCCUAGGCCCCUUUGACCCCCCACGUUCCAAGAGUGACUCUGGCUGCCAGCUCUUUUUACUACUCAGAGGUGUGAGUGUGUGUCUGCCGAAUCCUAAAUUAACAGAUAUUUAAACAUUUUUUAAGAAAAUAAAAAUUUAUUUUUAUAUUUAAGCUAAAUUGCCUUUGAAUUCCUUCAAGCUUGGUUCACUGAGGUGGUCAAAAGUUCAAAGCUGUCGACUAGGAUUAGCUGUGCCGUUACCUCUGGGGAGGAGGAAGUGGUCCCUUGUAGGCCUGGAACCCCCCUGCCAGCCCUGGCAGGCUGGGCUAGCAGCCGGGAAGGGCAGCUAGCCCGUGGGGCAGGAAGGGCUGGCCUGCUCUGUUCGAGUGGGUGCAUUCUCUUCCUGCUGGCAGGAGCCGCUCCUCCCCUGACAGUCAAUGUUACAUGAAAUGUACUUAAUUCUUUUAUAAUGUGAUGUAUGUGGAUGUGACUAAACUUUUUUAUUUUUCCUUGAGACGGAGGCUUAGGAGCUCUUGCACGUCAGAGAGAGUUGGGGUUUUUUAUUUUUUUCUACCAGGACCAAUGAGCCUCUCCUGGCUGGGGAGGUGGGACCUAGGUGGAAAGUCUCUGGGCUCUAACAGCGGGGAGGUGGCUUCCUUUAGAGUGUGCGGGGUGGGGGUGUACUGCACUCACUCCUGCCCCUUCGGAGGGCUGUAGCUGCCUGGUGUUGGGCUAUUUUUCUCCAGCCGUUCCUUAGGAUACCAAAGCAGCUGUAGUGGGCCAUGGCGGAGCUCUGCCCGGUUGAGGGGCACUGCCCAGCCAUGUAAAUAGCAUCAGCCCGGCCUUGCUGGAGUCUCAUUUCAGUCGGACUCUUCGCACAGGUUUGGAAAAUAGGUGAAGGGGCUUGUACCUUAAAACUGCUCCCGAACCCCCACCCCCGGCAGAGCCGUCUGGGCUCACGUGCUGUCAUGGGGGGCGACCGUUCGUUCAGCGCUGGUGUCGGGCCUGUGCUUUCCCAACCUGCCGCUUUCAGGGGCGGGUGUUCGGAGGCUCUGGAGCGUCCCAAAUCCACUGGGAAUUGGGGCAGUUUGGCUCGGACACGCUGUGACUAGUCCGUGGCUGUUGGUUCGUGCCGGCCUCGUAAGCGGGUGUCUUUGCUCACUGGCCUAGAUACGAGAAUUGCUGCUCCUAGCCAGAAGCGAGGGGAGUGGUUCAGUGUCAACCAGCAAGCAAAGCUCAGGUAGGUGUCGGUAGCUGCUAUACACUCUGCCGGCAGGCCUGCUCCCACACUCCUGUAUUCCUUCGAGCCGUCUGGUUACCUCGGCUGACUUUCCUCCACCACAAACCCAUUCUGCCCAGCCUCCCAUCUACCUUCAGUCCUGGCGGUGCUCGGCUAGAGGUGACGUACGAGGCAGAGGCCACGUAUUCGUUUUCGGGCCAUGUGUUCUGCUGCAUUGGUGUGUAACUUACUGCAAUUCUAACGCCCUGCAGCAGAAUAGAAGGAGGAGGCCUCUUGCUCCUCAGAUACAGCCGGGCUCCUGCAGGCUAGUUAAACUCUGGUGGGAGUAUAUUGCAUCUGAGGCCCUGUUCACACCCAUGCAGUGCAAGGCAUUUCAGAGCUGAUCUCCAGGCUGUCUUGGUGGUCCAUGUCCAAGGCAGGUUGCUGGGGCUGGUGGAACAACCGAACAGAACGAGGGUGGGCUGAUGGUAUGUAUUUAUGGAACAAAUUAUCAGCAGCUCAAAAGAGCCCCUUGCAGUGGUUUGUGCCCUGAAACAAACCAUGUUCCUAAUCAGUCGUCAGGGUGUGGAGGUUUACUUUGAAGCCUCUUUCAGGCUUGUCCAGUGAAAGAACCAGGGUAGGAAGAAGUAAUAGGGUCCAGGUACCACCACAGAGCGGUGGGCUUCUUCAGACACUUCCUAGAGUGUUACCCUGGGCUGAGCCUGUCUUUACACUGGCCCUGUCCUAGUGCUGGUGCUCUAAACUACCAAGCAACUUAGCAGCAGCAAGGGGUCACUUUGCGGUACCUUGGUUGGGUUUGUGUUUGUAAAUGGCCCUUUCCUCGUUCUCGGACCCAAUUACACCGGGCCUGAGUUCUCUCCGCUCUCCCACGGUUCUCUGCUGUGAUUCGCAAAUACCAAAGCUGCCUCGUGACCAGGCCGCUGCUCUAAAGGACCCCAUCUGCGUAUUGCACAGAGACCUUCCGCUGCCCGGCUUCCUCUGUAGCUGGGUGAGAACGGUGGGUUGCAAACCCGAGUGGGCUGCAGUACGUGAAUGUUGGGGGGGGGAGGGGCGCCUGGGUUUUUUUAUUACAAAUGAAAACUUAGAUCAUUCCUGGUGCAACUGGUGGGGAUUUUUAGUGUGAAUGUGCAUUUUUUUCCUUGCUUAUGUCAUUGAUUUAAAAUAAAAACAAAACUGUGCUCGA